AUGCGGUCCGUGGACAGUGCCGGGGCGGCGGAGGUGCCAGAGCCCGGGCUACCGCUGACGGACGACGCGCCGCAGGGCGCCAGUGAGGAGCCGGCGGCGGCGGAGGCAGCGGGGACGCCCGGCCCCUGCAGGUGCUGGGUGUGCGGCAACUCGCCGUGCGGCUCGGGUGCGUCGCAGGAAGCCAAGAAGAAAGCACGCUGUCCUGGACUUGGCUUGUUUUAUACAUUAUUAUCUGCCUUCCUUUUCUCAGUGGGCUCUUUAUUUGUUAAAAAAGUGCAAGACGUCCAUGCUGUAGAAAUUAGUGCAUUCCGAUGUGUGUUCCAAAUGCUAGUCGUUAUCCCUUGCUUAAUAUACAGAAAAACCGGAUUCAUAGGCCCCAAAGGUCAACGCAUUUUCCUCCUCCUCAGAGGAGUCCUGGGCUCCACCGCCAUGAUCCUUUUGUACUACGCUUUCCAGGCGACGUCCCUGGCCGACGCCACCGUCAUCACGUUUAGUUCUCCAGUGUUCACGUCCAUAUUUGCUUGGAUAUUUCUCAAGGAGAAGUACAGCCCCUGGGAUGCCCUCUUCACCGCCUUCACGAUCACCGGCGUGAUCCUCAUCGUGAGGCCCCCGUUUCUGUUCGGAGCCAGCGCUGCGGGCACGGACGAGAGCUACUCUGUUCACCUGAAGGGCACGUUCGCAGCAGUGGCGCACGCUGUCUUUGCCGCCGUGACCAUGGUCAUCAUCAGAAAGAUGGGGAAGUCCGUGGACUACUUUCUGAGCAUUUGGUAUUAUGUCGUACUCGGCCUCCUAGAGAGCGUCAUUGUCCUCUUCAUCAUAGGGGAGUGGAGUCUGCCAUACUGCGGGUUGGACAGGCUGUUUCUCAUCCUCAUCGGCCUGUUUGGUUUGGGGGGUCAGGUGUUUCUCACGAAAGCCCUCCAAAUAGAAAAAGCAAGCCCAGUGGCAAUAAUGAGGACGAUGGAUGUGGUCUUUGCUUUCAUCUUCCAGAUUAUUUUCUUUAACGAUAUGCCCACGUGGUGGACGGUGGGCGGGGCCCUGUGCGUCGUAGCCAGUAGUACCGGCGCGGCCAUUCGGAAAUGGUGCCAGAGCUCCAAAUGAGGCUGUGGCAGAAGUGCGUUCUUGGUUUUCCUGGGCAUCAUCCCUCAGUGCGGACACACCGCGCACGCACACGCCUGGAAAGCCUGCAUUUCCUUCACUGAUUAUAUUUAAUAAAUUUCAUAAUUAAAGUACCAUUUUUGAAUAUGCUAUGUCUUUAAUUAGCUAAGAGUUAGCCAGUGUGGUCUAGCAAUUACUUUUUUCUCAAUUAUGUUUUAGUUUUGGUUUGGUUUCUUACUUGCUGUUGUUGGGGUGGUGAUGGUAGGAGAUCAGGUCUUUAGUUGAAGAAAAACUGCAAAAUGUUUCAUGACUCUGGUAUAAAUGUAAUUUUUUAAAGUGUAUUUUUGGUACUGAGGGGAUAUAGGUGGGGAGGAAACUUUAGAUGUUCUUUUAGCAGUGUAAAAGCUAAGAAACUUAUUGAUAAUAAUGCUGCUAUGAUUAGAUUAGGUCAGUAAUUCAUUUGAAACCUAAUUCCAUUUAGGAGGCCAAAGCUGAAACUUGGAAAAGGUGCCUACUUAAUGGUGUUAAUAAUACAAAUGAAUUAGCCUUAUUUUCAAGGCUUUUAUACAUGGUUAUUCUUUUAACACACAUGAGUGCCUUUUCAUUUUGAUGCCAGAAUUUUUAUAUGUAAAGUUUAAAAAGUUUUUAAUCACCAGGUUUGGCUAGAAGUUUUCUGUUUUGGUGGCAUUCACAACUGUAGCUAUCAUUCUGUAAUUUUAAUUGUCCUCUGGUUUUGGUUUUUUGUGUGUGUGUGUGAAACUGCACUACGUUUUUCUUAACUUUCUGAGAUUUCAGGUCUUUAAGCCGCAAGAGAGAAAUCUUGGCAAAACCAGUGUGCACAUUUCCAUCCUGAAGUAUUUCCCCCUCACUAGAAAUGUGAUUUUCUAUAAAUUCUUUUUGAAUUUAUAGUGUGAUGCCAAAUACAAUUUUCUCAGGAUUUUAUUAGGUUGAACCAUAUGAAAUUGCCAAGAUUUUACCUUUUUAACUUACAGAAACCAGAGUUCAUUAUGGUUCAUCCUAAUAGAUACCUCCCUUACCCUCUCUACACCAAAUAUUUAGAGGACUUUGGCAUAUAUUUUUUUAAAACAACUUUUUAAAAUGCAGUAAUCUUAUUAAACUUAUUUUUAUAGUCUUUUCCCCUUAUGGAAUUAUAUGUAACAAUGCUUCAUGUUAUAUGUUAAAUGUAAAGACCUGUGAAUCCAUGGUUGAUUGACGUCUGUAGUGUCUUGAAUAAUA